CCCAGUGAACGGUAGACAUUUUUCUUGCACUUCCACAUCUCUCUCUCUCUCUCUCUCUCUCUCUCUCUAUACAAACUUCAAACAUGGUGGCAAGAAGAAGAACAACUUCUUCUUCUUCCUUCUCUCUCUUCCUCCUCACAUUUUUUUUCCUCACUCUCUCUCCUCAAGUUCUCUUAUGUUCCCCAACAGACUCAUUCAUCUUCGGUGGGUGUACAGAGCAAAAAUACACACCCAACUCACCCUACGAAACCAACCUCAACUCGCUCAUUACCUCCCUGGUCAACUCAGCCACCUACUCGUCCUACAACAACUUCUCAAUCUUCGGCUCCACGUCACAGGACUCCGUCUACGGACUCUACCAGUGCCGCGGAGACCUAUCCAUGCCCGACUGCGCCACCUGCGUCGCACGUGCGGUGAGCCAGGUGGGCGUGCUGUGCUCGCAGACCUGUGGGGGUGCGGUGCAGCUCCAAGGGUGCUACGUCAAGUACGAUAACAAUACCUUUUUGGGUGUGGAGGAUAAGACCGUGGCGAUGAAGAAAUGUGGACCGUCGAUCGGGUAUGAUUCUGAUGGGAUGAGCAGGAGGGAUGCGGUUUUGGCAGCUCUGAUGGGAUCUGGUGGGCCAUAUAGGGUUGGUGGGUCAGGGAAUGUUCAGGGGCUGGCCCAGUGUGUGGGGGAUUUGAGUUCGGUAGAGUGUCAGGAUUGUUUGGGGGAAGCGAUCGAACGGUUGAAAACUGAUUGUGGGACCGCCAAUUAUGGGGAUAUGUUCUUGGCUAAGUGUUAUGCGAGGUAUUCGACCGGUGGACCUCAUUUUUAUAACAAGGCCCAUGAUGAUAAAUCAAGCAAUGAUGGUGAGAAAACAUUUGCAAUUAUCAUUGGAUUAUUAGCAGGAGUUGCCCUCCUCAUCAUCUUCCUUACCUUCAUCAGAAAGGUGCUUGAGGGAAAUGGUAAAUAGAUUAUGAAUAUAUUGUCAAAGUUACUUCCACCCCUUCAAUCUCAACCUCCUCAAGUCACUUGCUUUUGGUGGUUCUGUUUUCCUCCUUUAUUGUUAUUAUUAUUUUUUUUCCUUAAUUAUUCCAGCUUUCCUUUCUCUCUUUCUCUUCCUUUUACUUGGAUUUACUUUUAUAUUUCUCUCCAAAAAGGAAGUUCAAAAGAAAAGAUGGAAAGAAGUAGUGUGACGGGUCACCUGCCCGAAACAAAGUUGUAAAGAGGGAAAAAGAGAGGAGAAAGAUUCCAAAUCUUCUCCACUUAACAAAAGGUGUAUUGUCUCUAAUGUUAAAAUUAAAAAUGGCAUAUUCUUUUUGUAAAGGCAAUGCAGAUUAUGUAUUUCUUUGUGCUGU